UGGCCCUAAUGGCAGUUUAAAUACGAAUACACCACUAAUGCGUACAAAAAUACAUGAAACCCCAACCAGUCUCCUUGUCCUUUUGAAAUAGGGACCGUUUAAUUACGCAAGAUUUUCAAGAGUGUUUUCGUGACUGCUAAUAAUUCCAAACACAAAUACACCAUAGCUAAGUACAAAAAACUACAAGAAAACGAGACUAAUCUAUUUAUCCUUUGAAAAUACUUCUACUGAGAGACCAAAGCGUUUCAUUACGAGCCUGCAGCAGUAUAAGGCACUGGAGAGGCGCUGGGCAUUGGGUGUUUACAGAGCAUGGUGACAAAGGACUAGCGGCGUCAGGGCGUGAAGCCAACACUGCCAGCCGAAAUUAGCCUGUGAUACCGGCCUGAAGAUACGCGUCAUGGGGUGUGGGUGUGGCUGUGGGUGUAGGUGUGGGUGUGCGUGUGGGUGUAGCGUCCUGCAUGCUUUGAUAUGUGAGUGUAUUGACUGUUAUUUGAGAUGUGCUGCUGUAUAGUGUGUGUGUGUGUGUGUGUGUGUGUGUGUGUGUGUGUGUGUGUGGUAAGUUACGUAAGGGUGAUUUAUGCUGUUAUAGGUAAUUGUCAGUGUGGGUGAGCUACGUUGUGUUGUAGAUAGAAGUAUGUUGUAGUUGUGUUGUGUGGGGUUGUGUGGGGUGUAUCUGCGUUUUGUGGAGGUGUUAUGCUGUUUUAGAUGCACGCGAGGUUGUGGCUGGGUUGUUAAAGGUCAUAGUUUACUGUGUAGGUAUGUGUGUGUGUUCAUGGUUUUGUGUAUGCUAUGUAGUAUGAGGUCAUAAUGUGGUAGACGUGUGUGUGAGGGGUGGUUAUAUUUUGUGUGUGUGUCGUGUCGUGCUGGGUUUAGUGUUCUGGUGGCCUCGUGCUCAAACUGGAUCUAACUAGAGCUGGAAAUAUGAAAAGGACACCGUAUCAGAGAGACAUGGAAGGACGGGAAAGAGAGACAGCAGUUCAUGGACUGAGCGAAGAAACUUUACUGAAUGUUACGUGAAAGUUUAACGUUAUUCAUUUAUUCACACAGAAACAGAAAUAGAGUACGAAAUGUAGUGAAGAAGAUAUUCAUUACUGUGUUGCAGGUAGAGUGAAGAAGUCAAAGAGACGAAACACUCUUUAAAACAUAUGAAAAUAAGGGAAGCUGCAAGAAUCCAUCAGGCGUACACGUGGCAGUCCCAGUAGCACGGAGCGUCCCCAGUCCGGAUUCAUCUGGCUGGAACUAGCUCUGGUGCAGGGAUGAAGAGUACCAUUCCAGGAAAAAACGGGCGGUGGGUGGACAACUCAAGCCCAGCCUCGCCAGGGGGACUUAUUUGCAAGGACUUCCUCCCCCAAACAGACCCUGACCAUUCCACAUGCUGCACCACCGCCUACCAAAGCUUCAGCGAGACGGUCCAGCAGGCAAACGAAUGGCUGAGGCGCUACGAGAAAGUCGAGGUGGUCAACUGCGAGACGCUUCCCUUCGCCUCCACGGGCUCGCAGGCUUUCCUCCCCGACUCCUGGCCCACCACCUCCCACCUCAAGGGCUUGCGGGUGUGGAUACGCGUCCCAGAGGAAAGCGGGCACGAAGGACGCUUCCUCCUCAGCUACAGGGACUACGCGCCCUACCUCGACAGGAAGAACCGCUUUAGCCGAGAUUAUGACGAUGUGACUGUUCUGAUGGAGCGGCUCAACGGUUAUCUCGCCAGCCGCACCUCACUCGCCCGCAUUGUCUCCGUGCAAACCGUGGACACCCCAAUGAGCGGAAUGGUUGAGAUGGACGUGGAUACAGACAAGUCACGCCUCACGUUCAACCAACAUGGAUACACGAAGUAUUGUCGGAUACUGCGUGUGUUCUUCCUGACUCAUUACCACAGGAACUCCGCGGAGACGCCCCUCAUGCGGUCCAAGAUUGGCCUCAGGGACUUCCUUCCCAAGACCAAGGGUGACGGCUCGACCAGGAGAGGGGAAACACUGUCUGAUGUGAUGUAUCGCGCAGUCGACUGGUGUCACACUACCCCGGGAGUCACGCUACUUAAUCUGCAGGCACUGCCACUCAAGUCGGGGCGGCCCAGCGUAGCCACUACCUGGACGUUGGAGAGUCCGGGACACCUGCCCAACAAGUUCACCACCUUCGUGCGAGUCAUCUUCACCGACCAGAACGACGGCAAGGCAGACGGCGAGGUGGGAGAUCUGGUCACUUCUAUGUCUCCCGGAAGUGGUUCAACGGAGGAAACGAAUAAACCAGAGCAGGAGGACAUAAAGAGUUCUAGAGUGACUCUGACUCCAGUAAUCAUCGAUAGUCCAAGCGAUGAAGGGUCAAAGAUAGAGGAUAAAGACUCCGGGUCGUCACUAAAAGAUGUGAGCAGCCUGCCAGGAGUAAUCAACGUGGCCGAGGCAGGAGAGACCAAGAGCAGGAUGAUGUCAGGCUUGCGAUUCAAAACAUUUGUCCCCAAACUCGCCUCGUCACCAAUUGGCGUGUGCGGGCGUGGCCAAUGGGAGUCCGUGGAGCAGACCGUGAACCGCCUGAAUUCCUGGGUGUACAUCUCCCAGGGCACUCUCCUCACUAUCCACACCCAGCUUGUCUACACCAGAGGAAGGCGCGACGAAGUGGAGGCGGAAGCUGUGAGAUGGGCGCGUCAUCUGGCCGGGGCGGGACAGGUGGGCGUGUUUCACCUGGUUAUGGACGGGGGACGGUGCACCACAGCCUUCCCUUCUGCUGUGUCUGACGCCUCUUCCUCCUGCGUCAUCCUGUAGGGGCUGAAAGGCGUACAGUGUGUCGAGAGGGUCAAGUUUGAAUUUUGCUAUCUUCUGGGGCUCAAUCGAGAUAACUUAUGUCAUCCUUAACUACCACCAGGGAACAAAAUGUAUUCUCGAAGCCCAGGAGUAAGAGUCAUGGCGUUCUUAGUUAGUUUCUGAACUCAGUAAGCAAAAAUCGUACCAUCUUUAGCUGCAAGAGAAGUUUAAGGGAAAUUCCUGCUUUAGUAAUCUUUAAAUCAUGCCAUUCUUCACUCCAAUAAAUUAUUUAAAUGAUUUUUUUUUUAAUCUCAGCAGAAUAAAAUUAUGCCAUAUAUAGCUUAAUUAGAGAUUUAAAAGGAUAAUUUGAGCUCAGCCAACUUUGAACCAUACUUUUGUCAACUCCAAUAAUGUUCAAAGAAGAUUCUGAACCGAACAGGCUAAAACCAUACCAUAUUUAGCUUCAACCAAAGUUUAAAGGGCGGUUCUGAAUUCAAUAAACACUAGAUCAUACCUUACUUAACUUCACAAGAGGGUUUAAAGGGAGGUACAGAUCUUAGCAAUCCAUCUUACAAGCCUCCGGUCCCUGAGUCCAGCCUUUAGUAUCACCCUGCAGGAACGGAGAGGAUUCCUUAGGGCUUAGGGCCUGCACGUAGCAGCUGGAGAUAGGAGGAACUAGGGGGUUCGACUGCUCGGGGCUUAUAAGCAAAACAAGAUACAGACAGCACGUGCGCGCCAGGACAGGAAUGUUGGAUAUUUAAUACUGUGAGAAUGAAACCACUUUUGUAUUCAUAGUCUUGAGUCUCGACCACGUGGGGUUCUGUUGACUUAAUCUUAUCCUCGACGCAGAUUCUGUUUGCGUUCAUCGUCUUGAGAAAAUAUCGGGGAGAAUGUUGUGUUUUGGUUUGGUUCGUCUUGUCUUGGCUUGACUUGUUUUAUUUAUCAAUGUAGCUUUGUUGGUGUCAAAUUAUUAAAUGUAAGAUUAAUGACAAAUAAAGAUUUUUUUUUAUAUAUGUAUA